CACAACACUAUGGACAACAAUGGCGACUGCAAGAGAAGUCUCCCUAAACUAAGAGAGAUUUUCACAAGACAGAGACAGGAUUCAGAUGCUAUGUCUGGGGAAUCCACGUCCCCCUGGCUAGGGGGUGAGAUACUUAUCGUGAGAAUCAUGGUCUGCCUCCAUGUGGUGAGGACACAUUAACCAUUGCACGUACUAUGAGAGCCUCUUCACCUCCAGCAUCAGCGGCUGAUCUUAUAGAGCAACAGAAUAACCAGAAAAGGAGACCAUUCAGAAGGGGACUGAUGAAGCAGAGCAGCUUAGAUGACAGUGUUGGUGAGUUGGAUCUUACUGCUGCAGCUGAUGAAGAUGAACAACCUCCCACUGAUAUGGAUGAACCACCAGACUUGCCUCAGCCGCCCUCACCAAGACCUGGAACACCCAUUAAUAACAACAGCACCAAUAAAGGAUUACCAUGGACUCCAAAAGUACGACAAAAGGACAUAGACUCAUUUUUAGAUUCGACUCGUGUGAAGUUUGUUGGUUUUCAGCUUCAGGGGGACAGGACCUCUCUAGCUGGUCUUCCACAGCCUAUCCAUGAAGGAGUUAAAGUGCUUUCCAAAGUAAGAAUUUAUCUUUUAUUUUUGUGUAUAUAGAUCUAUAUUUAUAUUUUCAGUGUGAAUGUACUUUUGUCAUAAUGUGGGCUGUAGUGCUAAUCAGGGCUAUUUGGACCUUUACAAGUACUGGGCAAAAAAGUCCUACUUACUUGUUUCAUACAUAAUGUUUAUGUAAAUAAAGCAUUAGUGGUUUUGAAUGGUCUGAGCAAUGCAAAAAAAGAUUUUGUAUUUCAUGUGUGAUUAUGACUGUAAAAUUUGAUGCAUCAAGGAAGUUAGUAUGAAAAAUAUAGAGGCAUGUAUAAACUCAGUGAAAUAAACAUGUCAGUAAACUUUGUUUCCUGAUAUUCAUGUUUUGGCCAUGUUUACAUAUUGCAUUGCCACCGCAUAAUAUUUUUGUUAUCAUAGGGAGGAAUGAUAAGUGUUUAUCAUGUACUUUCACAUGGAAAGUCAGUAUUUGUGUUGCAGCUAGCAUUUGAUUAUAUGAAAUGAAACAUUGAUACCAAUUGGCAAUUAGUGAACUAAAUGAUACUGAAGGAAGGCACUUAUUGUAUUUGCUACAGGCAAGUUAUUUCGUGAUUAAUGCAUGCAUAAGUUGACUACUUGCUCUUAAGAAUAACCUGUGCAGUAAGACAUAUUAUUCUGCCUUUCCUAUGUGAUUAUGAUUGAAAAAAAUUAUGUGCUAACUAAAUUACAAAUAGUAGUAAUAAUUUGCAAGAAGUGCAUAAGCAGUAACGAUGGACAUGUGUACCAAAGUAUUUUGAACAGUUUGCAGUCAUAGGUUUUGUGCAUACUUAUCGACAUUGCAAAUGCGGGUAAUUGGAGGGUUUUUCGUAUACUUGAAAGUAGAAUAACAAGAAUACACUAGCACUUAUGUUUUUAGUUUACA